AUGGAGUCAGGUGAUACCAAAUUUGAUGCAUCACAGUAUGCUUUCUUUGGUAACAAUGUCUUGGAGGAGGUUGAGCUAGGUGGAUUAGAUGAUGAUGAUGCUGGUGAUGCUGGUUUGGUUGGGCCUGGUGACGAAGAAUACACUCCUAUUUAUGGAAGGGAUAUGUUGGAGGAAGGUCAACUGCUCAUUGGUAAAGCUUUGCUUUUGCAGGAAGAAGGUGUUGGUUCAUUUACUGGUGUUGAUGAUCUUGCCGGGGCAUUCUCAAAGCUGACCAGAACUGUUAACGAACCAAAGCAAUCAGGAAUAGUUAGUCGUGGGGGAUCGUUACCUGGACAAACUUCUACUGCUGACUGGGCACAAGAGGCUGAAUCAUCAUACUGGCCUACACAGCCUGCAUUGGGUGCUGAACAACGGCUGGACAACAAAAACUGGUGGUCUCAACCACCCCAUCCAGCCCAGUUUGCUGAUUCCAGACUUCAGAGGACAUCCUCAUCCCCGCAACAAGAUGCUCAGUACAAUCCUAUUGAACCUAUUCUCGGACCAAGGCCAUCUCCUUUGCAGAGAAUGUCAUCAUAUCCUCACCAAGAGCCGCAAUACAAUAAUAUUGAACUGAUUCGUGGGAAUGGUAGCAGGUUUACACCAGCUUUGAUGCAGCAUCCAAAUGGAUUUAUGCCACAUCAAAUGCCGCCACCCCAUCAACAAAAUGGAAUGCUCCCAAUUCAACACUCUCCACCCCAGUUCUCACAACUACAUGCCCAGAUGCUUGGUGCCCAACAUUCUCCGCCACAAAAUCUGCCGAUGUUUGGUCCUCGGCAUCCUUCACCACAAAUGAUGGGUAGAUUUGAUCCAAAUUUUGUCAUGCCUGACUUGAGUGAUCCCAGAGCCAGAUCGAUGUUACACCAUGGAAGGCAUGGCCCACGCUAUCCUCCCCAAGGUUUUGAGCCUGGCAAUAUGAGAAUGGAUAAUAGGUGGCAGCGGUUCAGAUCCAAGUACAUGUCCACUGAAGAAAUUGAGAACAUCGCAAGGAUGCAGAAAGCUGCCACUCAGAUCACCGAUCCAUAUAUUGAUGAUUACUAUCAUCAAGCUUGUUUGGCCAGAAAAUCAGCAGGAGCACAACUGAAGCACUACUUCUGUCCAACCUUGAUCAGAGAUACAUCUUCUCGUGCACGCAGUAAGGAUGAGCCACAUGCGUAUCUUCAGGUUGAUGCUCUUGGGCGGCUCCCAUUUUCUUCCAUCCGCAGGCCCCGUCCGCUCCUUGAUGUUGAAGAAGCCUCUGAACCAAGUGAUAGCACUACUGAAAAAUCUGCUUCAAAAUCUCUUGACCAAGAGCCGAUGCUGGCUGCUAGAAUCACAAUUGAAGAUGGCCUUUGCCUACUACUGGAUGUGGAUGAUAUAGAUCGUUUGCUUCACUUUAGUAAACAGCCAGAUGGUGGUUUGCAACUUAGAAACAGAAGACAGGCUCUUCUCGAGCAGCUGGCAGAAUCACUGCAAUUAGUUGAUCCACUUACAUCUAAUAAGGAUGCACCUCUGUCGCAAAAUGACGAUCUAGUGUUUCUCCGCAUAGUAUCUCUUCCGAAGGGUCGGAAACUACUUUCUCGUUAUAUUGAUCUUGUUACUUCAGGUAGUGAGCUUGCAAGGAUUGUUUGCAUGGCAGUUUUCCGGAAUCUAAGAUUUAUAUUUGGCAAUUUGCCCUCUGAUAGCAGCAUAGCUGGGACCACAACUAAACUUGUAACUGCCGUUUCCACGUGUGUUGUUCGGAUGGACUUGAGUGGACUCAGUGCUUGUCUUGCAGCUGUUGCAUGUUCGUCACAGCAACCACCUCUUCGACCUCUGGGAUAUGCUGCUGGUGAUGGCGCUUCUGUCAUCAUAAAGUCUCUACUGGACAGAGCUACAGAGCUUCUUACUGAUCAACAUGUGGCCUCUGCUUACAGCAUGCAGAACCGAACUCUAUGGCAGGCAUCAUUUGAUGCCUUCUUUGGGCUGCUUAUGGGGUAUUGCAUGAGUAAAUUUGAUACUGUGGUUCAUACAGUGCAAAUUCAACCUGCUGCUGCAGCUGUGAUAAGCAGGGAAACACCAGUGGAGCUGUUGCGUGCCAGCCUUCCUCACACAAAUGAGUAUCAGCGCAAGCAGUUGCUCAGUUUCGCUCAGCGCACUGUGCCUGUCAACAGCUCUAGUUCUCAUGGGUCUGGUAAUGUGCCGAUGGCAUCAGAAUAUGUCCAGAGCUGA